GCAUCACUGCUUUAUAGUCGAAUAAUCGAAAACUACAUUCGGCAUCCGGCAAACGCCCUAGUGCCAAGUGUAUCUUACUAUCGUUGUGUGGAAGUUGAUAUUUCUACUUAAGAGAUUUUUGCUGACAGAUUGUCUUGUUUUUAUCGAUUUUAUUGAGAAAGAACAGUACGACAGUGAAUCACAUGGAAAUCUCGCUCAUGUAUUAGAGCAGUAUAAGCAGUAUAAGGAAAAGCAGCAGGAAGCAUAAUAAUCGCGAGUGAUAGCGCUACGAAUGAUAUAUAAGAAUAAUGUUUAAGUGUUGUAUUUCUAACAAUAUAUCGAAGAAAACGAAUGCCGAGACAAAAUCGAAAGCAGACGACAUAUCGAUUGAAUCGCCCAAACUAACUACAAUAUCUACAAGAGUAGAUGAUGAAAUAAAAAUCCUAAUGAGAGCGGAUAAGCUGAACGGCAAUUUGCAGAUAUCGGAAGAUACAUUUUCAGCCGCAUUGGACUUGACUCCAGUUUGCACUAAUUCCACGAUAAAGAAUUCAUGCGAGAUUGCACAAAAUGAAAAUGCUAAUAUUAAGGAUAAGUCAAAUUUAAUUGAUAAAGGUAAUAGCAACUUUAAUAAUGCUGAUGAAAAUCAAAUGGAAAAUGUCAAUUCUGGCGCAUUUAGCGCUAUCAAAACAAAUCUUUAUGAUGCAUCGGGAUACAUAGAAAGGACAAUCGAUGAUGGACCAGAAGACGAAGGUGAUGAUUCGGUUUUCGAAGCCUGUCCGAGUGGAAACGAAACAGCUAAGAAAGCGCCACCAGUUGCUUCAAUUCCACGGUGGUUAUCAGAAGAAGACGAUGGCGAAUACGUUACAGGAGGAUUCAGUGGCAUGCAGGAGCCACCGGCGACGCCAGUGGCUCGCGAUGAGCUAGCUUUAAGACGACACAGAUUCUUCUCCGAUUUGUUACAAGCUGCGCAAAAUUCAACGGAGCACAGAGUGAGAUUCGACCCGCUAGGACCAAUGGUGCACACCGGUUGCGAGAGUGGUGAUAAAGAGGAACAUCUAGAAGAAUUGGUGAAUCGGCUAGAAAACGUAACAAGUCGGCUCGAAAAAAUACAUUGUACAAUCCAAACUCAAGACGCCGCUGUACAAACAAACAUACUUUCUCCAAAGAAAUCUACGCUUGCAGCAAAUUUUAGUCUUGAAACAUUAGAAGAAGAUUCUUCAACAUUGUUGGCUCUUCAUUUAAAGUCAGAAAUUAUUUUGAAUCAAUCUACAAACAUGUCCAUAAUCGGUUAUGAGGACCUUUUAAAUGGGCCAGUCAAAAAUUAUUUAGAAUUAAGUCAAAAAAUUGGUGGUGAUGUAGCUACUCAUAGUAAGCUUGUUGAGAAAGCUUUUCAGAUUCAACUUCGAUUCGUGCAAAUAGCGGCGAACCGUUCUGCACCGGCAAAUCAAUCCGAACAAGUAUCUCUGCUUGCACCUAUGUCUGUGCAGAUCCAACAGAUCCAAGAAUUUCGUGAGAGAAAUCGUGGAUCUCCCUUCUUUAAUCACUUAUCGGCAAUUAGUGAAAGUAUUCCGGCUUUGGGAUGGGUUGCUGUGUCUCCUACGCCAGCUCCAUAUAUAAAAGAGAUGAAUGAUGCUGGUCAAUUUUACACGAAUCGUGUAUUGAAAGACUGGAAGGAGAAAGAUAAAAUACAUAUAGAUUGGUGUAAAGCGUGGGUACAAACAUUGACUGAUCUACAACAAUAUGUUCGUCAACAUCACACAACAGGUUUAGUAUGGGGGAAAACUAGUAUUUCACCUGCAGGUAUACCACCACCUCCACCUCCAUCGAUGCCAAUCGAGGAUAUUUCAUCAGUGAUAAAUGAUGACAGAAGCGCCCUUUUUGCUCAGAUUAAUCAAGGAGAAAAUAUCACGAAAAGUUUGAAAAAAGUUACUUCAGAUAUGCAAACGCAUAAAAAUCCUGCUUUGAGAUCCGGCCCUGCACCAUUUAAAGCACCAGCAAUUACAAAUGUGACAUCUACAAAAAAUGUAUUACCGGCAAAUGCACCUAUUGAUAAACCACCAGUAUUUACUCGAGAUGGCAAAAAAUGGCUUGUGGAAUAUCAUAAGGGAGAAAAUUUAGUAAUUGAUAAUGUGGAAAUGAAUAAUGUGAUUUACAUGUUUCGAUGUCAAGAUAGUACACUUACUAUUAAAGGCAAAAUAAAUUCCAUCGUUAUGGAUUCCUGUCGUAAAUCAUCCGUCGUAUUUGAUUCUCUCGUAUCCAGUAUCGAAUUUGUUAAUUGUCAAAGCGUACAAAUGCAGGUUCUUGGGAAAGUACCUACAAUUUCUAUUGACAAGACGGAUGGUUGCCAAAUGUAUUUAAAUACAGAAUCUUUGAAUGUUGAACUUAUUACUAGCAAAUCUAGUGAAAUGAAUGUUAUGGUACCCAAAGCCAAUGGAGAUUAUAGUGAAUAUCCGAUACCAGAACAAUUUAAGACUACCAUUAAUCAGAAUGGUCUUAAUACUACAGCCAUUGAUUCACUCGGUUAAAAGUAUAAGGGAUUUGAUUAAAAAUGCAUAGCCUAUCUUCUUAACAACAUAGUUCAUUAAUAAUAUGAUUGUCAAAGAGAUAGUGUCGAUUUAUUAAUAUUAUUAUUUAUUACUUUCUUUGGAGCUAUAAAAAAGUAUCCAAUACUGCAUCUUCCUUAUGUAUAACAAUUUAACUUAAUAUUCAUGAUAU